AAAAAAAAACAACACAAAAAGAGUAAUAUGGAGAAGUUAAUUGUUUUCUUGCUUCUUUCAUCAAUGUUGAUUCAACCUUUCACGGCUCAGUGCCCAGGAUUGAAAGUUACAUGGCCAGAACUUGUUGGGGUACCAGCAAAGUUAGCUAGAGAAACAAUUCAAAAGGAAAAUUCAAGACUAACUAUUGUUCCAAGUGUACUCAGUGGUUCUCCAGUUACAGCAGAUUUUAGUUGUAAUCGAGUUCGUCUUUUUGUUAAUGUCAUUGAUUUUGUUGUACAAGUUCCCCGGAUUGGUUAGCGAGAAAAAAUAUUUAUUCGCAUCGAAUGUAUACGUAUACGU